AUUGCAACUCUCUUUGAGCUGAGGAGGAAACCCACAACAGAGAAUGGUAUGUUUCAAGAGAUACAUUAUUAUUGUGGCAUUGUCUAUGGCCUCUCUAACCUUGACCACCCUUCAUGCUGCUCCCCCGGCCCCUAAACAAGGCUUUUGCGGCACCGCCGUAGACAAAGAUCUCUGUGAGAAAACAGUGAAGGGAGCCAAAACUUGGGAUGAUGCAAUAACCGCGGCCACCACUCAACUAGCCACGGCUACUAAGUCGGGAGACCCCCAGUGCAAAGACUUUUACAAAUCUACGGACGACAAAUUGAAGGAGUGCAUGAAGUUAGCUAAAAGUGGGGACAAGGACGGUAGCUUGAAUGUCAAACUCACAGCGGCAUCAACUAGUAUUAGUGACUGCAGUGGUGUAGUCAAAGAUCCUGCUAAAAAGAAAGUGAACACUGCUGUCGAUCAAGCCAUCAAAGUUUGUUUGGCCGUUUGAAAAAUCCAAGUCUAAUUCUGCCAUCUAAAAAUAAAUUAAAUUUACUUUUUCGUUGUUGUAUGUUGCUUCAAAAGAUUAAACGCUAAUAACAUGUUGCUUUGGAACGUAACUUUAAAAUAUAUAUAUAUAUAUAUAUGUUAGACUAG